GCGGCUUCCCUGGGCCGCGGCCAGGAGCAACCUGGACAAACACAGAGGCAGCGAGCGUCCCAAAUACGGCCUUCACCCUUUGUUAAAUUUCUCAUUGCCUCGAGCAGCUGGAUUUUGAGACAAGAGCAAGAAUUGAGAGAGAGCAUACUGAGCUACCCCGCAAACUUUCAGUACUGAGCAGUGCUUACUCUACCUUCUUUAUUCAUCAACAGCAGGUCCAACUUCCAGCUUAAAGUUGAUCUUCCCAACCCUGAUGCAUUGUACAUUAUGGUUCAUAUCAGCUUCCUUAGAAAAUUGAUAUAUGUUCUCCUGGCAUUUAUUGUGGUUCUGACUAUUUGCUUGUGGAAGGAAACACGGAAAGAAUUUGUCAUUGCUCUAAAAGCAGAAAGCCAAACCGAUAGCCUGCAGGCAAAGCUGUGGAGGUGGGCCAAACAAGGAACUGUCCGAAAUGAAAUUGCCAAAGGCACACUUUUGCCCACCAAAGCAUCCCAAGUUAAAGUUAACCUCUUGACAACUCUGGCAGGAAGUAACUUAAAGGCACACAGCCAGAAAUCACCAGAUUCCAUCAAAGUGUGGAAUAAGGACAGUUCAUUCAAAAGUCUCCACCCUAGAUUGCAAAAGGCGAGGGAAAACUACCUGCAUACGAACAAAUUUCAUGUGAAGUACACGGGGCCAAAGUAUGCUACUAAACCCAGCCCUGACAAACUGUUGUGCCAGCUCCGAAAGCGACUAAAUUUUAGCAUGAUAACCACAGCAGAUGGCCCCUUCAGUUCGCCAGAAUGGAAGGCCUACCUGCCAGGGAAAAACAUCAGCAUGGAACUGGGUCAGCUGGACCGGUGCGCAGUUGUUUCCUCCGCAGGAGCCAUGAAGUCAUCCCAUUUGGGGGCAGAAAUAGACAGCCACGAUGCAGUAUUGCGGUUUAAUGGGGCCCCUACAAGUGGGUUUGAAGCUGACGUAGGGGAGAAAACCACAAUACGCCUUGUUAAUUCCCAGCUUAUUACUGUUGAAGAACAGAAGUUUGUUACAGAUCCACGGUAUAACUUCGGAAUCUUAAUUGUAUGGGAUCCAUCACCAUAUCAUGCAGAUAUCUAUAAGUGGUACCAAAAGCCAGAUUUCUUUUUCUAUGAAAGCUACAAGCACUAUCGGAAAAAACAUCCUGAACAACCUUUUUAUAUCUUGAAUCCCAACAUGCAAUGGCAACUGUGGGAUAUCCUUCAAGAGAACUCAGCAGAGGAUAUCCAACCAAAUCCACCCUCUUCAGGAAUGCUUGGCAUUAUUCUCAUGCUGAACUUUUGUGAUGAAGUGGAUGUUUAUGAGUUUCUUCCUUCCAAAAGGCAAACAGACAUUUGUCAUUAUUACCAGAAGUUCUUUGAUCAAGCCUGCACUAUGGGCGCCUACCACCCACUGCUCUUCGAAAAAAAUAUGGUGAAGCACCUUAAUCAAGGCUCAAAUGAAGACAUUUUCACUUUCGGGAAAGUAACUCUAACUGGCUUAAGGAAUGUACAAUGUUAGAAGAAUGAAUCCUGCAUUCUGGGCUUGGAAAACCUUCUUGGAUCACAUGGCACUUUAAAAAAAAAAGUUUUUUUUAAAUAUAUAUAUAAAUAAUUUUUAUACAGGACUUGCCAACAAAUGGACAGAUGAUUAACAAUUAGCAACUCUUCCAUUCAGUACGCCUUAAUUCAUGACCUAACAUCAGAGACAUGUAGCAUUCAAUCGAACAUGUUGCCUACAGAUUGCAGCUGUAGAACACAGAAUAUGCAGAACCUGAUUCUCAGAAAGCCACAAUCCUUAUAGCUGCAUUUAAAAACCAACCAACCAUGAAAAU